AUGUACCUUCAAAAUAUAUUUCGAAAAGGUUUAGUUCUUUUCAAUGAGGUUUCCUGUUGUUGUUUUUUAAAUCUGAUCUAAGAAUUGAGGUUUUUCUGUUUCAGACAUUGCAACGGCUCCUGCGACUACGGUUCAAGUUCAUGGAAUAUUUCCUGGAAGGUCUUCAAAAUCCGACAGCCUUCUCCAACACAAGCUCCGAGCACAGUGUUCGUAUUUUUGAUAUAUUAUUGAUUUUCUUAGGACUCAAGAUUUUUUUGAGCAAAAAUACAGCGUACUCUCCUUUAUCAGAGAAAAGGAGAUUCUAGCUAAUUUUUUGUUCUUGUUUUUAGAAGAUGGAAUCCUUAUUAUUAUUUUUUCUUUCAUUCUUUCUUAUUCAUGGGAGUCCUUUUUAUGGUCUCAACUGAAAGACGAAGAGAAAACCAUACUUCAAUAAUUUCUUCUCAAGUAAUUCUGAUUAUCCAAGCUAAUAUUCAAUUAUAAUUCAAAAAUGUUCGGAAAACUCGGAGUUAUAUUGCAAUUUGGGUGAAAAACAGUUUGUGAGACCUUUGGAAUAUUCGAAGCUGCAGUUUGUUUGGGUACUUGUGUCGCUUUGCACGCGCAUCUUGUCUACUUUAAUACUCUGAACGAACUAGCAAGUUCGAAAUUCCGCAAAUUCUUCGAUUUAUAUCUUAGUGUAUACCUCGCCCGCUCUGAUGCUAAUUUGAAAGGUAGAAAAAAAAUUUUUUUUUUGUGAUUGUUACUUUAUUUUUUUCCUCAUCAAAUGCACACAUCCAACAAAAUUACUUUCCAGGAAAUGCUGGAAGCGGUGAAAAGCGUAGUGGUAGAAAUGCACAAAAAAGGCCGAUUUUCGGAGGCGGAGAUGCCUCACGUCGACCUCGCCCAGAGACGUCAGCCCCCCUCGCAGUCGAACACGAAAGAAGUCGAGCAGAAGAUUCCCCCUGUUCUGGCCGAUAUCUUCAACGCAUACCCGAAGUCUUCUGCCAAGAGAAACGAGAAGAACGGCUUCACUCGCGAGAAACUCGAACCAAUGCCUCAAGUGAAGCCGAAGGCUCAGGAGAACGGCAAAGCUUACCGACAGAAGGAACAAAAUUCGUGGAAGCUGGAAUAUCCCAAUACUUCUCUCGAAAGGCCGGGCUCAAGCUCUGCGAAGCCGUCAAAGCAAAAAGGCUCGGAGAGGUGGCCAGAGAAGUAUGGAAACGGAAAGGCGGCACGUCAGAAAGCAGUCGACGAGUGGAAGCCCGACCAUCCCGAAGAAAUGAUAGACUGGCAAGGAGGCCAAGGAAGCAGACCGUCGAAGCAGCGAGAUCCGGAGAGGUGGCCGGAAUCUCAAGGAAACGGAAGAAUGUCCUCCCAAAAAGGAUCCAACGAGUGGAAGCCAGACCAUCCGAAAGAUAAAUACGAUUGGCAAGGCGAUCAUGGACACGCCAAAAACUCGAAACAGCGAGAAUCUGAUAACUGGAAAUCACAGAAAGGAUCGUUCGACUGGCAAGAAAACCAAGGAAAGUCGUCAAGGCAGAAGGAACACUAUUACGAUGAACGCGGAACUAAAGAUUAUUUCGAGGAGAAUGGCCAGGGAAGAGCUUCGCGAAACAAAUAUCAAGAAAAGAGAAAACCUGAACCUUUUCGUCAUCCUGAGAACUACCAAGAAGAGCCGUAUCAGAGGGACCGGUGGAGUCAGGACGAUCGAGGUCGCGAAGAGGAGUUUCCACGGUCCAAGGGACAAGACAACUGGAGAUACCGUGAAGAUCCUUAUUAUGAACCGCCGGAGAAGUUCAUCGAUCCUGGGGUUUGUUCUUGUUUUUUUUUUCUUUGUGAAUUUUUUGCAAACUUGGAAAAUUAGAGCUUUUUAUAUUUAAUUCUUCUUGUGGCCUUUUUUGACUUUGUUUGUUUCACUCUUCGAGAAAACAACUGAGAAAGUAUUAAUUUUUUUGUAUUCUUUUUAAAAACCAUAUGCUUUUUAUUUUCUUACAUCCCUUAAAUAAGUGAUUUAUGGGUCAAUGAUUCAAAAAAAAAAACCUUCUUGUCUUAUUGCUAUAGCGUUAUAUUAUAACGCUAUUCAAUUGAAUUGAAUUGAAUUGAAUAGCGUUAUAGACAGCUCUAAAGUUCGACAAAUUGGAAAAAUAAUGUUCCGUUGUCCAAAUUGCUUUUGUUAAAAUUCUAACGCUCAAACUAAUGAACUAUGAAAUGAAAAAUGCGAUGAUAACAAUCAAUAUUUCAGAUAUCCAAAAUUUUGGAAGUUGUGAACAAGUUGGAAGGGAAUCGUCCCGGAACGAGCUAUCGCAAAGAAGUAAUUAGAUAUAUCUGUCCUGAGAAUGAUUAUAUAAUUUGCAGAGUUCGAGACAGAGCGAUGUGAGACACGGUGGUGAUGACAGGAACGGGAAUAACCGAAGAACAAACGGACCUCUGUCCCGAGGAAACCAGCCGGACUUCGAGCCGGAAGAAGAGGAAGAGCUCGACGAGCCUCAGGCUCCUCCAGCUCCUUAUCAUCGACCCGGUGAUCGAAAUCGACGUCAGGACUCUCAGCAGAGGUCAUACCGGCCUGGCAAUGAACAGAGGUGAGGUUUUACUCUGUCGGUCUUUGAUGGUUCAGUUCAAAUCCGAUGAUAAAAGUGUUAUUGAUUUUUUCAGCCUUUUUUUCUUCAUAUUAAUUUGAAAUAUCAUUUAAUUAAUGGAAUCAAUGGAAGAAAUUGGAGCUUAAAAAGUGUCUUUAGACCCAUUUUUUGGCAUUCGAAACAUAAAAAAAGUAUUUUUUAGAGAUAAAUAUUUUGAUUUUUUCUCGUGGCGAUACUGAGAAGAUUGAUUAUGCGAAAUAUUCAAAAAAGCUCUGAUUUUUCCUGACUUGACUGAAUGACUUUAUUAACUGAGCCCAUCAUCAUUUUUAUUCAGGAACGGGGACAGAGAAAAUCGUGAAACGGCUCCCUCUGGCGGAAGUUCUUCUCAAAGAGGCCACGGUCAUUACCGAACCUCAAAUAUGGUAUUCUUUGCCUUCACCGUUAUAACUUUACGGAAGUAAAACCAUCAGAUACCUAGAAAGAAAUUUGAAACAAAUAAACCGCGAAUCGGAAUAAUUCAAACUCAGGAAAUUCCUGGAAUUGUUUGGAAAAGUAAAAAAAAAAGUAAAACGUCUGGCUUCCAACUGGCUGUAAAUUGAAAGGUUCGGGAAGAUAUGUGGAAGUUUGACCACUUGCUUCGAAGCUUCCGAAAGCCUUCCGAGGAACUGAAAACACAAGAUUUCCAAUUUGUACCAUUGAACAUUUUUAAAGAAACUUUUCCAGUCCAACGACGGCUUUUCACGAAAUUAUCGCAAAGAUAACUAUCAUCCUAAUCGAUACGAUAAUAACGGUGAUUAUCACGAUCCAGCCAAGGUUUGUCCUCAGUUUAAAAACUGAACACUUUUUAUUUAUUUUCAGAAAAAGAAUUCCAACGAAGACGUCCCCAGGCUCCCUCCCAAGAGGGACAGGGACUUUGAUGAACCGAACAAAGGUAAAAGAUUUCACCGAGUUCCAAUCAAUUUCAUUAUUUUUAGGCCCUCCAGUGGGCUCGGAGUACAGGAAAAACGAGAGGCGGAGGACCAUCGUUUGUUUUUAAUUAAAUUUUAUGGCAAUUAGAAGAGUGGUGCCGGAGCGCGUUUUUUCGUUGAACUUUUCUUCAAGUUUUUUCAGGAUAUUUCCGAACAAUUUCUCUGUCAAUUUACGUCGAAAAAACUUCUGAAAAGAAGAAAAAAACUGGAAAAUUAAUGCAAGUCGCUCAGCCAACAGAAAACUGGAAACGUAUGAAAAAAAAGGAAUAGCCCAAUUUUUUAAAACUUCUACCAUGCUUAGUAAGUUAAAAAAAGGAAAAGAUAUUUAAAAAAACCAAUGAAAGCCUUUUUUUAUCUUAUCCGACGAGCACACUGUUUUUUUGUGGGGUCCGGACUUUUUUUUAAUAUUUUUUUCCACAGUUUUCGUGUUUCACUCCAAUUUCUUUGAAUAGAUGACCUAAUGAAAAAUAUAUUUGAUUUUUGUAAUAUUUUUAACUUGGACAAAAUUUUUAAGUUUGUUUUGAAAGUUCAAAGGACAACUGUGAACGUUUCCGUCUUUCAUCGAGGGUUAGAAAGAAGUUUUUUUAAAAAUUUAUGAUAGGUUUCAAAACAGAAAAUCAUUAAAACUGAGGAUUUUCAGCAGACAAAACGACCGUGGGAAGUACAGAGAUAGAAACCGUAACAGCGAGAAUGAAAAGAACCCCAGGAAUGGAUCCAAAAAAGGUUUCUGAGCAAUUUCAGCUGCUUCUGGAACUUCCAAUUUCAGGCCCGUACUACCACGACUGA